GCCCUUCAGCUCUUCUGAAACCGGUAUCGGCAGUGUGUUGCCAAGCACUGCCCACGGAUACUCGCAGUAGCGCAAGUCGACAAAAUAAUGGCACAAAAGGCUCUACGAGUUGCUAACGGACUACAGCUCGCCUUGACGAAAGAAUGCUUGCAAAAAGCUGCCGAGGGUUUCAAGCAGAAUCCGAGGCAGCUGCUGUUCUAUAAUCCCAUAAAAUAUGAAGUUCGUCAUGCUUUUCCUGCAUCGAAGUUUUCUCUCUAUUCUCAAGAAAUUAAUGGUACCACUUAUUGGUUAGGAAAUGUCAGCAAUAAGCUCACCAGAGAUACACCCGUUUUCGCAUAUAGUGGCGAGUACAACGAAAACGAUUUCCUCCAAGCUUUUGAAGAAUUCAAAGACACCAACGAACUUUUCAAAAGAAGAACGGUACCAAUGAUGGUCGGAGAGAAAAAGAUCACAGAUACGAUCUACGCCUAUGUUUCUCAACAUGACGACAAUGUCGGCAAACAAAGCUACCCGUGCUACCUAUUCUAUAUGACCGAUGAACAGAUGAAGAAGAUCAUGCAAGAAAGGUUGCACGUUCCUGAAGGCUACACCAUCGGGACUCCAAAUUUGGAGCAAGAAGCCCGCUGCAUGACUGGUACAUGGAGCUAUGGCGAUGAUGGUGACAUCGAGUUGACAAGGGAAAAAAUCCGCCGGCUUCCCUCUGUAUGCGUUCGUAAGGAUGGUCAAAUGGUUGGCUUCUACAUGCUAGAAUCACUUGGGUGGUUGAACCACCACUUUGUAUUCAACGAGCAUCGCGGAAAAGGACUUGGUAAGCUGCUAGAGUUGGCACAAGUCCAGAACUGUAUACGUGCGGGUAUGAGAGUAUACAAGCUCGUGGAGUUGAGCAACCUGCCAACAGUCGAGGCAUCAAAACGAUCACCAUAUUGGACACUUGCCAAGGAUGAAAACGGCCAAGAGAUUAUCGUCGAAUACAUGGAUAUGUACAAAUAAGGGUGUAUAUAGGUAUAAAUAUGUGGAU